AUGUGCAACAAUUACGAGGCCCAACUGCAGUCGGUACAGGCCCAACUCAAAGAUGCACAGGCCAAGAUCCAGCAGCUGGAACGAUACCUGAAGAGUGAACAACAGGCGUCUCUGAACCAAAGAAAAUAUCAGGAAGAGUUGGAGAAUAAUCUCAAAGAAGUGGCUGAAGAUGCUCGCAAACAGAUCUCGACUGUAUCAACAAAACUGCAAGAAUCUGAGAAAUUCACCCAAGAAGUGAAACAGCAGUUAACACAGUCGCAUAUAGAAUUACAAGAUCAACUGAAAAGAUUAACAGAAUCCAGGGAAGAAGUGCAGAGAGAGCUGGAUAGAUUGACUCAGGAAAAUGAUGUUCUGGUGGGCAAACACUCUAAGCAUUCCCAACAGUUACAGAAUGAGGAUAUUAAUCUCCCAAAUAAUCUUGAGGAGAUGCAACUCUUGUUAUUGAAUUACCGUGAAGAGAUCAUUGCUGCGAAGGUGGCCAAGGAACAUAUAGAAGAUACUCUUAAAAGUGAGAUCCUUUUCUUAAAAGAUAGGGUCCUUGCUGAGCAACAAGAGAAGAACACUGUGGAAGAGACCUUGUCACAAGAGGUUAGCUCCUUGCAAGAACGACUAGCAAUUCUUGAAAGCUGCAAGUCUGAAUUGGAACGAGAAUCCUCAGUGCGUGCUGAGACAGAGACCAAACUGCGUGACUCCGAUCAAUCUCUGAAGAAGAUCCAGACUAAGUCGAAACAACUCAUCAAUGCCUUAAGUCAGCAGUUAGACGAACAAACCACAUUACGGAGUAAGUCAGACAGUGAAGUGGCGGCACUGAAAGCAAAAAUCCACUCAUUACAAAUUGACUUAGAAAACAGUGAAGCUGUACAGAGAGACUUUGUCAAAUUAUCACAAUCAUUACAGAUCCAGUUGGAAAAGAUUAGACAGGCUGAAACAGAAGUACGAUGGCAACAUGAAGAAGAUGUUGAUGAAUGUAACAACUGCAGGCAAGCUUUCACUGUAACCAGACGAAAACACCAUUGCCGACAUUGUGGCAAAAUCUUUUGUGCUGACUGUAAUUCAAAGAACGUUUUAAGUGGUCCAAACAUGCGAUCAUCCAAAGUCUGUGAUGUAUGCCACACCAUCUUGGUGAAGGAUGCCACGCCCUACUUUAGCACAGAGCCCCCUUCUACACCCCAUUAG